AUGCUCAUUCACAGCUCUCUCUCUUCCUCUCUUUCUCUCCCUCUCUCUGAGUUAUUUGCUUUAGGCAAAGGAGACGUGUUUGGAGACGAGUUCUGGAAAAACAACGGCUCAACAGGACAGUCUGCGGCUAACGUGCGAGCUCUUACUUAUACAGAUCUACAUAUGAUUAAGAAGGAUAGACUAAUGGAGGUGCUGAACUUUUACAAGGCCUUUGCCAACUCUUUUGCUAGAAAUCUAGUACUUACUUAUAAUCUCACUCACCGACUGAAGUUCCGAAAGGUCGUUGACGUAAAACGAGAAAAGGAACUCGACGCUCGACGGAAGAACGAGAAGUUAAUUCUUCCACCUGAUCAUCCCGUUAGAAAACUGCUCUUCCGCAUGAGAGAACGACAUGGGCCCAGGAUAUUUCCCAGUCCAAUGUUUGCUGAUAUUGAGAAGGGCAUGAAGAAACAACAUACGGACCAAAGCAUGAAUCGCAUUACAUCGGUUCACUCUAUGGUUGAUGAAACAUCCAAUUUGCUCUCUUCAACCUAUUUAUCACGAUCUCCUCGUACUUCCAGUAAAAAUAAAAGGCCUCCAUUAAUGGUCGGUACUUUGACAUUUUUCUUUUUUCCGCGCAAUCCAUAUCAUUACCAGAAACGACAGACUGUUGAUGAAGACGCACUAUCGCGAACAAGCUGGGUGGAAUCAAGUACUGAAAAACCCAAGGAAAAAGACUUCAGCUCACUUCAUAACCUUCGGUCGGAAAUGAGGUCGAAGUUUGAGAUAAUUCACGACCGCUUAGCAGUAGUGGAUCAUAUCAAUUCCCGUCUUCAAAAUCUGGAACGUUUGCUUAUACAAAUGAAUCAACAUCAUGGAGGUAGUACGUCAUCUACAUUGCCAGUUGGUUCAUUUAUGGGUCUGAACGAAUCAGGAGGAAGUCAUCUGGAGACAGGCGGCUUUGUAGCACGAAGUGCAUCGUGGAAUCAAGAUAACUGGAGGUCUGAUAGGCCCGUGCCUCCAUUAGAGGAGCUGAAAAGUAUGGAAUGGAACAGUGAGGAUAGUCCUUCCGGAAUACCCGCUAUUCAAGUUGACGACGACACAACAACACGGGCAGUGCACAGAGCUCCAGACCGCAGACGGGUGUGA